CAAAUUGCAGGUCAGAUAGAUUGUGACUGUGAAAGUCUUUAGACGUUCAAGUUCUCUCAUAUUAUGCAAUAAAUAAAUCAAACAGUGCUUGGUGAGAUGAUCGUGAUCUUCAUUUGAAUUCGCGUAGAAAGUACAAGAAAGUUGGACGGAAUAUUAUACGUGGAAAAUGAUGCGAAUUUUGCUUUGGUCAACGCUCGUCCUGGUACACUCACACCCAGCCCAAAAACUCAACUUACCAGAGCUGGACGUUUCAACACCGGAAGAAGUCAACAGUCUAGAACGCGAGGAACCACUCAGUCGCUCCAUUGACCCACAAAACAGCCGCAAUAAGCUCGAUGAUACAGUGCAAGUGGUCGAGGAAAUACUCAAAGCCGACCCCACUUUACCUCGCUUGACCCGUGGCGAAAUUUUAGACCUACUCGAAAAUAUCACAAGUUCGGAUGACCAAAAAAAGUUUUUGCGCGGGAAUCGAGACCCGAAAGCUGUGAUGGUCGUAAUGCCCUAUACACCCACCAAUGACAAAAACAUGGAAGAUCUGUAUACCAAAGCACCCGUGACUCACAUAAUCGGAGCUGAGCCUUUUAAAACCAAGGAGGAGGCGGACAAAGUGAAGCAUUCGAGGAGACGACCACCGGUUCAAUUCAACGAUACUGAUAACGAUUUGGCGAAGAAACCGCUGCAUUUGGAAGAAAAGAAGAAAUAUUCGGCGAGUAUCAGUGAGAAGGUUACUAAACCAACAACCAUUCCGCGAAACCAAGUGCGAAGAAGACGCCCAGAGGCCACAACUGAAGCCCCAAAACCAACACCGGUGACCACAAACCAGCCCAAGUCGCGGCGCCCUGUCAGGAGGCGAACCACCACGACCCCAACCACUUACCACCCCAACCAUCGCUACCCCGAAGAUUUCCUCCCCAGUCAAGGAAUCCGCAUAAUUGAAUCACCGAAACUGUCCCAGAAAAACGAUGUUUCUCUCCCCGAUCUCGAUUUCGAAGAAAACGUCAAACACGAAGUUUCGGAACUUCCGCCAAAACCACUCACUGAAGAAAUCAUGGUCCCGGAUCACUUGAAAACAGUUAUGAAAGACUUGAAUCUGGAAUCAGCCUUAAAACCGCAAGAAAAUCUAGUGGAACACAACCGGAUCAAGAACAUUUUAGCCUCAAUUGGGGUUCUCCCAGAUGGUACCACCACCACAACCACGACAGAGGCACCCAAUGCCGAAAUGGUCGCCGAGUCUUUAAGCCCAGAAAUGCGCGAUCUUUUGAUGAGUUUCGGGUUAUUACCGAACCCGAACCCGAAACCGACCCAAAAACCGACAAGGGAUGAUCAGUACUUCCCCGACAAGGCUGAAGUCAAGCCGGAAUCGUACGUCGGGUUCAAACCAUUGCCUGACGAUGGGCCGAGUCGUGACGACAUGGACGCCCUUCUAGCCUCCUUCGGCUUGGGGCGAAGCGCCCGAAGAGGCAAAGUCCUCAAAGCUGAAAGUCGCAGCGACAAACCGGACGAAAAGUAUAAUUUUGACAUGAUUCCCGAACACUUGAAAGGCGUUAUCAGCGAUUUGGGGAUUUCGCAGGAACGCGACGGGCGAAAAAUUCGAACCUCGUCGGAGAAACAACACGUCUUCAACCCCGAUAACCAGUACGCCACUGAGGAAGAAUUGAAGAAGCUUGAGCGUCUCAUUGGUAUGAUCAAACAGUUGGAGAAGAUGAACGGGACUGCGACUGAAGAAGACUUGAAGAAAUUCGACUUGGAAGGCUUGAAGGAACUUGUCAGUAGCCUCAACGGGGAUAAUGGCACUCAAACUUUGGACCAAAAAGAGUUAGACUCGCCAAACCCGAACAAUUUUGACGUGGGGCUUGUCAAGAAUGAAAUCAAAAGACAGGAAAGUACGACUACAACUACGAGUAAACCGGAGGCGGAAACUCCGUCCCUUACAGCUUUGGAGGAGUCUUUCGGUGGUCAAACCGAAACUGUGACCGAACCACCGGUUCCAGAAACCACAACUCGCAAAACUGGGUUCUACUAUUUGGUGGAUUGGAACACGUUUUUGGACAUUGACGACACGAAAGGGAAAAGGGUUAAUUUGAGGUUCCAGCCUACGAUUGGUGACCCGAAGAGGUUCUUGUCAGUUAGUGUCCCUUGAACUCUUGCUCAAUUAUUUAUUAAUUUUAAGAAUGUACAUAGUAGCAAACACGUUUGGUGUGGAAAGUGUUCUUAACGUACUCCAGUUAUUUACAAAGUAGUAGUAAGUGAAAAUAUGUAAUUAAAACUGGAAGUUUUUGUAAACAAUAUUUAAUUCCACUUCGCUGUCUCUGUGGUAUGAUCAAUUAAAUAGUUGAUUUAUUGAA